AUGGCCGCAAAGAUGGCGGCCUUAUUUCGUUGUUAUAGAGUUUCUUUGGCUUGUCGGCCUGUAGUUACGGACGAAAUUAAUUUUUUAAUGCGGAGACAAUGUGUAUCAUUCUCACGCAGAUGUGAUUUGAGUUGCUUAGCGACAGAAAAUGGCAUUUCACCCAUAUCGAAAAAUACAUUUGGAUACCAACAGACCUCACUUAUGGGAUUGCAGGAGAAGAGAUUUUUCACAUCUUCCUCCGUCACCCCUAAUGAUAACCCACAAAUAAGUAAGUCAUAAACGUGGCUGUUUUUAAUAUUAUAAAAUGCAAAUAACUUUUAAGAGAAGGUAAGUUACCAUUUCCUCCCAAAAGCUAUGCUUAAUCUCUUCUCAUUCCACACGACCCUAGUGGGUGUUGGGGAGGCGUGUUCAAGUGGGUUAGGGUCUAGUGCAGUGGACAACAAUUGGGUUCAUAAAAAAGUAAUUUAAUGAUGCUUUGAUUUAGCCUUAAUACUGCUUUCACUUGCUUGCUUCUAAGUAAAACAAUCACCUAAAAAAAGCACCCAAACCUCAGUUUGCAGAGGGUGGGGGGAGUGCAGGUACAAUCUUUUCCCAAAGCACUCUGUAGGAAUGUGAGAGACGUGUUUGCCUAAUGAUUAGUGUGCUGGACUCUGGGUUGAGAGGUCUCAAGACCUGGCUGGGUAAUUGUGUUGUGUUCUUGGGCAAAACACUUCAGUCUCAUAUUGCCUCUCCCCACUCAGGAGUAUAAAUGGAUAUUGGUGGAGUGUAAGGGAGGCCUGAUGAAGUGCUGGAGGGUAGCCUUGUGGUGGACCAGCAUCCCAUGCAGUGGAGAGAAAUAGUCUUGGUCCCUUUAAGUAUUAAAACCAGGAAUAAACUGAGUGAAGACUUUACUGUUUUAUUUACUUAUUCUGAAUUCCAGAAUCAGAGAAUUAAUUUUUGUGCCCAGUAACUUUGAAGCUAAGUGUACGUAGAUCAGUAUAUUUUAAGUGCUGUAUACUUGGCUUAAAAUGGUUCUGCAUGCGUGAGAAUGAUUGUCCUAUUUUUUUCACAUCUGUAGUCUUGGCCAACCUGAUUUUCACUUGUAUUUCCUACAACUGGCAUCAGUUGUUUAGAAUACCUGAUAAUUAGAAGGCUUUUAAAUUUAUUCUUGUCUGCAUCCCUGUAUGUGUAUGAAAAAAAUUAACCUAUCAGAUGAGCCCUAUGAGCCUCUAGGAAAACCCCUAACCCCUCAACUCCCAUGAGUGACCAAGACAGAAUUUCUCCUUACAAUACUAAUACAAAAUCAAUGAUAUCAGUGACGAUGAUAAAGAAAAAUGUCAAUUAGGGGAUUACUAGUUGAUUCAUUACCAAAUUCUCCAAACUAAUAUCAUAAGAAUCGUUUGACAGUAAGGAGAAUUACUGUAAUAAAAAAAUGUAAAAAACUUUCAGGAGCUUGUGAUGACUAUUUUAAAUCAAUUUUUUAUUUAGAAGUUUUUAGGUUACCUGAUUACUUUUUUGGUCUCUUGCAGCAUUUGAAAGCCUUUCGGAUCUGAUAAAAGACAAACUACAAGAAUCCCUUAAUCAUGAUUCCUUGGCAACACACUUGAAAGUUCUUGAAGCUUUGAUCAAGCAUUGGAAAGGGGAAGUGCUAUCUGUGUCUGUCACAAGAACAGCAGCAGAAUGUAAGUCUCCAUCAUUGUUAGAUUGUAAGACCUUGUUUAUUGAAAAAAAAAUCAUAUUAUAAUAUUAUAUUCGAUAUGAACCAUGACUUUCUAUCAUAGUAUUAUAUGAUAAAUUAUGCACAAAUCUUGAUUGGUUCUUGCUGAUAAGAUAUUGAAGGGCAGAUGCAUAGAUGACUUCACUUUUAACAACAUUUUGCUUUUUUAUCUUGUAAUACAAAGAGUUUCCAUGUUGCUGUGGGUCUGUACAGUAAUAGAUCAUAGAAGAUGUGAAAAUGUGGGAAGGACAUCAGUGACGUAUUUGGCUGCACCCUGUGUGAAGUUUUUGUUCUUACCACAUUUUGAAGUCUUCUGUUAUCUAUUACUGAACACUGCUUGGCAACAUGGAAUCUAUUUGUUAAUAAAUCCUUAAACUCCCAGGUCAAAUUUGUUAUUCUCCUUACUGUCAACCAUACAAUUCUUAUAAUGUUAAUCCAGAGAAUUUUAUUAGUAUUGGAUCAACUAGAAUUAUCUCCAAAUUGAUAUUUUUCUUAGUUCUCAUCACUUUGCUGGUUGAUAUGGUACUGAUAUUGUAAGGAGAAAUUCUGUCUUGGUCACUCUAGAGAGUUGAAGGGUUAAGCUAUGAUCAUAAUAACAAAUAACAGCAAGUGGUUUAUGUACUAUGAACUAGCGAUCCAUGGAUACUAUGUUCCGCAAGUAGCUGCAAGGAAGGGUCAAAAAUGUUCUUGAAUCAACUAGAUUCUACUCAAAUUGGAUGAUUCAUGCCCUAAAAGUCGACACAUCAUACCAGAAGUCAAUUUGCAAGACACAUAUUAUAUUCCACAACUUGCUACGAGAGAGGGUUGAAAAUGUUGAAAUGUUGAAAAUGGAAUUGUGUGUGGACUUUGUAUGAAUAUUGAAUUACCUUGAAAUUUUUAUUAUUUCAGUAUCUUCAGAGGAUGUUUAUAGACUGGCAUCACUUAUCUUUGAAACCCAAGAAUCAGGUGUGAUAGAGAAAUUUGUGAACUUUAAAUAUUUGCUAUCACAAUUGCAUCGUCCCAUAGGAAACUCUAGAAAAUCCAAUGUACUUCAUCAGUGAAGAGAGUUGGAGGUCUUAGUGCUGCUAUCUACCUAUUCCCCAGAGGCUUAAAGCAAUGUUAGCAAGUUGUACUAACAAACCAUACAAAUACUAAAUGUCUGAUUACCCUGUUUGUAGUUGGAAAAGAUGCAGUUGAAUUGGCUGCUCCACUGUUCAGAUUUUCUGCAAUGGCUGGAAAUCCAGAUGGAAUGUAUAGCUAUGCAAAACUCCUGGAAACAGGUUGAUUACUAUUAUUUGAAUGAUAAUAUUUGUAUUCACUAUGCUUGUGACAUAAUUAAGUAUGAUGUUAACGGAGAGGUCUUUCUAGCAUAGAGUGGUUGUCCCUUUUUUCUUUCUUUCAUUUUAUAUCAUUCAUUUUCUUUUUUUUUUUUAUUUCAUUCUAUCCCAUCUCGUCCCAUCUUAUCUCAUCCGACUUUGUCUCAUUUCCUUUCACUGUAUCUCUUCUCAUUUCAGUUUGUUUUAUUUGUGCUUUAUAUUUUUAUCUGCAUUUUCUCAGGAGAGGGUGGAGUAGAAAGAGACCCCAUUGAGGCUGGAAAGCUUUUCUCAGAACUUGCAGACCAAGGUCAUCCAUUUGCUCAGGUUAAAGGCUUUAUAUGGAUUAUGGCUUAAUUUAACCCAGUUUAAGUUUAAAACAUUAAUGGAGUGUACGAGGAAUUAGGGAGGUUUCUAGAGUACAUUAGCAAGUGCUCAUGCUUUUUCAGCUUUGCUGCUUUCCUUACUUUUUUCCCUUCCCUUCCCUUUCCCACACAUUUGGAGAUGUUUUCAUCCCACACACGUUUUUUUUAAGUCAUGAUCACGGGUGCCCAGUUCUGACAAAACAUUAAAUUACUUUUCUUUUCUUUUCAGUUUACUUUAGCACAUUUUUAUCACAAUGGAAUUGGAAUGAAAAAAGAUUUACAGAUGGCCCUUGAGCUUUAUGAGGUACCAUUCUACUGUGCUUGUUCUACCAUUUCAAUGUUGCAUUGAUAUAAUGUCAUUGUGUAAAGUGAUAGUUUGUGCUCAUCAUUUUAAAUAUUCUGGUCAGAUCUCAAAUUUAGAAAUUGGAAAAGUUUUACAAAGAAACAUAUGAAAUGGAAACAUUUUCAAUUUUAAAUUAAUAAGUAUUUUGAACCCUCAAGUCUUCAGUUAACAGUUUGUUCCUUUUAAUGGCACCCUUGUUUUGUCUAAAAUUUACAUGAUGUGGCCUGUUUUUAGGAUGUAUAUAUAAGAAAGUAUUGAAAUUCUCUGCAUAGGAAAAUUUUUUUUUAAAAUUUUGUUUUUGUUGAGAACAAAUUAAGUUGACACAUGUGAUGUGUUAAUCCUCUUCUUAAUUUCAGGCCAGUGCAAAGAAGGGAGUGAGAGAAGCUAACACUAUGAUAGGUAUGUACAUAAAUGACUACAGUUACAUGUUAGAGCAAAACUUAAAUUAUUUGCUGAACUCGUUAGAGCUCUGGGCUUAUUGUGUAUCAAGCUGGAUUUUGCAUUUAACCCUUUAUCUUCCAGAAGUGAUUAGCAAGUAUUUUCUCCCUAUGGUGUCUAUACAUUAUCCAGCAAACAGAUAAUGAGAGUACUCAAAAUUAUCAAGUAGGAGUUGUUAUAUUGAUAUAAUGUCAAAUUCUCUGCCUUUUUUGCAAGGAAAUGUGUAGUAGCUAGAGAGGAGAAUUAGCAAUCAGACCUUGGGAGUUAAAGGGUUAAGUCCUUUGUACUCAUGAUUAUGGGCCAGAUUUCAGUGUUGUUCCCUGGGUCUUUUCCUUUCCUCCUUUUCAGCUACUGAUCUUUUCUCCUCUUUCCCUCCUUCACCCCACCAGUGUGUACCCCAGGCAGCAAUAUACCGCUAGUUACUGGGGGUGUAUUGCUGUCUGUAAGACUUAUCACCAUCCACUGAUUAGCCUGUUAGCAGGCUCUCCUGUUCAGGUUUUGCUGCCACCUAUUAAACCAUCAGCAGCCGCUUAUGUUAAAAGUUAUUGAAACUCUCAACCCCAAGAACCUGGUAAACAAGCUCAUGAGGUCUCUGAUUUUGAGGACAUAAGUAGUUCAUUCUAAUUCUACACAAGAAUAAAAUUUAUUAAAUUUAAUAAAAAAACAUGAUCUACAUUUGAUAUUCAUUUGUUAAAUUUAUUAAAAAGCAUGAUGUACAUUUAAUGUACAUCAUUUUUUUUUUUUAAGGAAACAUGUAUACUACUGGAGAGAUAGGAAAGGUAGAUCUAACAAAGGCAGCCAAGUAUUUUACAAAAGCUGCUGAAAAAGGUUUGUUUUUAUAUGAAUUAUGAAUUACAUGUUAAGCUUUUUGCAGAGAGAUGAAAAACUGACAAAUGAAUUUUCUUAUUGGACAGUUUAUGAUAUAAAAGGAUGGUGUAUCAUAUGAAAGGCACAUGACUGGAGUGCGCACAUGACGUGUGAAAUCAUUGAAUUAGUGGUAUAAUAAUAGCCCUGAAUCAAGUAUUAAGGUCACUAUAACAAUGGGAACAAUCACCAACUAGAGAAAUUCUUGAUUGUUAAACAAACUCCCCUUGAGUUUUCAGCAUCUUAGGAAAUGUAUAGAGAAUAGUGUGGAGAUUAUGCAUACAGAUAUUCGGGUGUAAAGGGUUAAGGAUUUACUUGUUUGUCAUUCAAGGAGGGGUAUUGAAUAAGGCCAAAAUAGGGGAAGAUGCAAGUUAGCCUUGCAAGGCAGGAAAGACCUUAUGAAACCCUUUCCGGUAAUUUUUUUACUAAGAAAUGUGUAAGUCUGUUUGAGAAAGAGAGAGAGAGUGUGGGAUGGGUUGUAUCUUCAGUGUUUUGGUAUUGGAGUUAUCAUGAGGUGAAACGCUUCCCCGAUUUUGAAACUAUAAAGUGGUCCACUUUCAUUAAGGUGAUGUGCCAGCUCUCAUGUCACUUGGUGCAUUUUACAGUCAAGGCACUGGUGUAGAAAAGAAUUUUCAAAAGUCAUUCAAGUGCUACAAAGCAGCAGCUGACCAAGGUACAUAAGUCAUAAGCUUAAAUUCUGCAAUAUGGUAAGGGCAAAAACAUACUUAGUGUAACAUAACCGUGUUAUUUUUGGUUUGUGUGUUAACUCAUAGUCUGUCGGUGCAACAGUAAGUCAGUCUGUAGAUCAGGGAGUCAGUCAGUUAGUCAGUCAGUCAUCAUCUAUCAACCAGUUUGUGAGUCAGUCGAUUAGCAGUUCAGAAGUCUGUAUGAUUAUUUAACAAUUCCACCAUCCAUCCAUCCAUCUAUCAGCCGGUCUGUCAAUUAAUGAUUGAUUAAUUAAGGUAUUUACCAAGUUUUUUCACCUCUUGAAUGGGGCUUCUAUGUACUCUUCUUUGUCUGAUGAGGCUUUAUUCUCCACAAGAAGAAGAAGGAACAAUGAUAGUAACUAUAGUAAUGCUGAUGAUGUCUGCUCACCAGGCCACUUAACAGCCCAGUACAAUGUUGGAGUCAACUAUUUUGCUGGAAAAGGAGUUGAGAAUGACAUGAAGAAAGCAGCUUAUUACUUUAACCUUGCUGCUCAACAAGGACACGUGUUUGCUCAGGUAUAUUGAUACACCAAUAAUCACCCAGUUUAAAGAUCACCAAAAAAGUUGUAUCAGAUGAACUUUUCUCUUGAUUUGGGAGACGUACUGAGUGAAGGGUCUGACAUAUGGAAGUUAAAAUUAAAGAAGUUAAAAGCUUUAUUGUUAAGUAGCAACUUGCUGUUGAGAUCAUGAUUCAAUUCUUCCUUAAAAUAUCCAUGGAUUUCUUGAUGGACAGUGCACUGAUUUGUUCCCUCCUUGUUUUCUGUUGUAGAUCAAUCUUGGAAACAUGUAUUACUUUGGAUAUGGUGUGGAGAAAAACUGGGAGAAAUCAAGACAGCUUUACAAGGAGGCAGCAAAAAGCAACCAACAUGCUGAGCUUUUGCUUCAAGAACUUGAGCAUGAAAUUGAGAACCUGGACAAAAGUGAUGACCCUUAUUAGUCAGGGUAAAAAUUAAUAAAAAAGUUUUAGGUGACAUCACUGAAUUGUGAAGCAGGGUUUGCAGAUCGUUUGUCACCUUGUUUAAAGUGAUCUGAGGAAUAGAUUGUGGGUGGAAAACAAGAGGUUAUUCAGGUGUUAACUUUGCAAUGGAUUGGAACUGGGAAUCAAACAGCUCAAGUGCCUCUGUGAACCUAAUUGAAGUCUAGGAUUGAGUGAGCAGGUGCAUUAUCCGGUUAAAUGACGCCAAGGGAUAUCAGCUGUGUCUCAAGGAGUAGACAUGUUGCCAGGCAACAAUGUAAUUAAAUUUAAAAUGGUAAAUCAUUAAUUUGUGAAAAAAUGUUCCUUCAUGCACAGACUGUAUAAACUCUCGUGUGAGAUGAGCAUAGGUUAUAUACUUGAGGAAGAAAAAGCCAUGCAUAUGUGGAACUGUAGGGCUUUCUGAUAUUUUGCCAACCUUGACUUGGUAUUUGAGAAGUGCUUCAAGUAUGUAAUUAUAAUAUGUGAACAUCAGAGUGGAAAGAAAGGAAAGCUGAGAACAUAGAGGAGAAAGUGAUGGGAAUAUUGGUUCUUACCAUAAUGUAAUUCCUAAUCACAAAAAAGUUUACUUAUUUGCUUAAUUUUCAUGAUCAGACAAUUUAAGAGAGAUGCGAGUUCUACGUCACUGGUUCAAAGUAUUUGAAUUCUGUCCAGAUGAUAAAAAUGUCUAAAUUCAAUUUUAUACAAUUUCUCGUAAGCAAAAAAUUAUACGAUUCAACCUUGGAAGUGUGAUGUUCUGACAUUUUCAUCUUUUUGAUUACAAAAGGCAGCAGCAAAAUUGUGAGUAUGAACACCUAGUUCAUUCAGCUACCUCAGAUGGGUCACGCCCUUUACUGCCCUUCUAAUUUUCCGUCCCUUUGAGUUAGGAGUAAAAAAUUCGUACUCUUUGGCUUAAUACUAAGUCAGUCUUAUUAUAUAUUUGGAAAAUCAUCAUUUCACUUGACCUAGACGAAAACAGUUGACUGUCAAAGGUUUUCGUCUUCAUCUGAAAGAGAAGCCACGUUACAGGAAAUCUACUUGUGCGCGGUAUGUACUCUUAACUAGUUUUAUUAUUUCGCCUCUAAAGAAGGCCUUCACAUGUUUUUGAAAAAAUUGAAACCGAUUUUCAAUACAACAGUAUUGCAAGCAUAACAUACCCUGACGUGAUGCUUAAGAUAAAGUGCUUUGUAGAAGUUGUUCAUGAGGAGUAAACCGAAAAAGCUUUACAAUUGAAGAGUACAAGUCAUUAUAAUUUUGAUAUUCUUUUUAUGUGAAAUAUUAAAUAAUCUCUCUCUC